UAGCGCGAGAGCCUGGGUGCAAGUGGGAGAGGAAGGUCUGUGGACGCGAGGGGGAGGGAGCACGAGCGUUGCCCGAACAAGCGCCGACGAGGGAGGAGCAGCUGCCAGGGAAGGGGAAGGAAGCCAUGGCCGGAAGACGGGCGAGAGGACUGCUAGACGUCGAAAUGGACGACGGGGGUACCCUCGACCUCUCCCACUCGCUGAAUGCCAUGGCCGCUGGCAACGAGGGAGCGGAAGACAUUGAAGACGAGGAGGAGGAGGAAGAGGAGGAAGAAGAGACUGACGGCUCUGGGGAUGAAGAAGAGGAAAGGGACGAAGAAGACGUGCAGCGGAACAAGGAGAACCAUCCGACGGAGAACGUGUCCGGAACGGCGAGAGUGAACUAUCCGCUGGCGUUCAAAUACCUAGAGGAAACAUACACGUCAACGCAAACACUUUUUGAGAUGAAGCCGGACUUUGAUCUUCUAGGGUGUAAGUGGGCUUUGCAGCCCACACAACAGGGGUUGUUCUUCUACCGUUAUCUGACGAGGGCAUGCAAAUACGAACCUGUGGGUCUUUGCAAUUGGGUUGCGAAGACCACAAGAGUUAAAGACAUACAAGAGGUCCACGUGACGUAUCUAUGGACAGAAAUGAAGAAGGUAAUCGCGAGAUAUGUCCUACAAAAGAAAGACUACGUAUGGGAUGCUUUCCAAGACCCGAAUGGAGUACUGCAUCACAAGCUCCAGACAGCUCCCGACGAGGUGUUCUGCAAUACGCUAGGUGCCUACGUCGCCUUCUACUACACCACUUUCAUGACAAACCGGCAGAUUUCUGGGGGUGUUCAGUCUUCGCCCCUCCUUCCUGUGUCUGGUGGUGGUGUCUUUCAUCCUUCUGCGCAGACGGGUGCGCCUCGUAAUGUGCUGCAUCCUGUUGGCAGUGUUUUCCUGUCCUCUUCGCAAAUGCCUGGUCCUGGUCUUGCUCCCGUACAGCAGACACCGGCGGUGUCCCAGGUGCGGUCUGCUGACACCGGAAGAGGACCUUCAAACAGGCAAUCUCAUGAGGGACCCUCGCGUCGGCAGCCCUCAGUGCUUCUCAAUACAAGCAUGGCUGCACCUAGGCGACACCCUGUGCAGUCCGUAGGACAGCAACAGCAGCAGCAGUCCCAAAAAAGAAAGAAAGUCAUUGCUACCAGGCUACCUGUUGCAGACGACCGCACUCCAGAAAGGCGACACAAAAAGGCUCGCAAGGGAAGUGGGGGAUCUAGUGGUAAGGGGAAGAGAUCCGCAGACACUGCUACUGCUGCUGUGGAUCUUGAACCAGAGUCCGCGGGAAUGACGCCUCUUCAGAGGAUGUGGAGCAGGCUUGUUACCUUGAAUGUGAAGAAGGUAACUGAAGAUAUCUUGAGUUUGCCAAUGUCUUGUAUGAACCGACCUCCAGUGGACACUGCCGAUGGGCGAAGAUCAAGGGAGAUUUGCAUGAGAGGACCAGAGGUGUGGGGCUUGCUCUCUGACAAUUUCACUCUGUGGGAGCAGGCCAAGAUCAAAGAUGUGAAGAUGAAGAAGGGCGUGGGUGGCAAGCAGGCCAGGUCUCUUGAGGUUGCUGAGUCAAGUGCAUCUGGCAGCGAGGUGGGGAAAGGGAAAAAAUGCGAGGCAGGGAAAGGGAAAAAGGGUGGGAGGCUAGGGAAACGGAAUACGAAGGAUGUUUCCCAGGAACGCCUUGCUCUCAUGGCGCUCAAUCCUCUGAUGUACGUGUCUGAGAAAAAUGAGAUAGUAAGUGAGUCUGCAUAUAUGCCUUACAAACCUCUGCUGGGGAUGGCUGGGCUUGAUGAUACUUUGGUGAUCCCUGUUCUCACAGAAGUUAAGUGCGGGGUCCUGUCGCUUGACGAGAUGAACAACAAGUUCACGCUUCUCAAGAUUCAUCAGAGGACAGCGACUGCUUUCGUGGAAGGGGUCGGGGCAGACAGUUGGGAGGCUGCCAAAGAGGAGUUCCCGGUGCAUACGCAGGAGGCUAUGCUGUCGCAGUACUAUGGGUUGUAUGAGAGGAAUGUCAAGGAGACUCCUAUUGCUAUGCAGGUGUACAUUGCCAAGGCCCUCAACUAAGGGACAAGUUGCGCCUUUCACAG